UCUAUUUCUCCAACGAGAACAAGCUGUCCGAGUGGAAGUUGAGCUCAUUCCAAGCUCUCUUUUGGGAGGAGAAGGUUGCAAAAGGAAGAUGGGGAAAGUCAACGUUUUGCUGAAACGGAGUUAUGUCUGCACGAUAAGUGUGAUAGCGAUAACCGCUGUCCUCACCUUGGGAAUAACCGUCUUCAGUCAUGGAGUGCUUCUGGACGAGGAGGAUGUCCAUAUUUUCAAGGGGAUAUAUUCCUUGUAUGGGAUUUCUGUCAUCCCUCUCCUCUUUGCCAUCAUUGGCGGGUUUGGUGUCUGGAAGGAGAAAAAGUGGGCUCUGAUAGUGUUUGCAGUCGGAAUGAUCCUGGGAUGUCUGUUCUUCAUCGUUCUUGAAAUAUCCCUUCCAUUUGCAUAUCAACAGAUGGAACUUAUGGUGAAGAAUAAAUACCUCAGCUUGUUGCCUCUCUCAAAUUUAAGUGAGAGUGAAUUAUCGGAACUGGACUAUACACAGAGUGAGUUUCACUGUUGUGGGCUAACAAGUCUCGAGGAUUGGGAAAACGACAUUCCCGAAUCAUGCCAGUGUGACAUGGACUCCUCUGAUGAAUGUGUUGAUACUUAUGGAUCUAUGCGCAACGAUUCUGGACUGAAUUUUUCGAAUGUCAAGCCCAUCAGGAUUUAUGCCAAGCCAUGUCUUCCCGUCUUAAUUCAACUUGGGAUGAGCCAUGUUUCCAUAUUCAUUGGCAUAACGUUGGCAAAAACAUUGCUCUGGUUACUGUCAGUCGGGCUGUGCGUUGCAGUUCUGUGUCAGCUGAAUAAAAAGGUGGACACUCCAAACGUGGUGUACAGCCGAGAGGCCAAGGCAGGGAGUUAUGACAUUCUCAACGAUGCUCAGGAACCGUCUUUGAAAACCGAAUAAUUCUGUUUUUCUUUCGCGAUUCCCAAAUAUCGGGACAGCAAUGUCAGCAUGUAUCAGUGCAACUUUAUAAUCAGUGGGGAGGCUUCUGGAAACCGUCUUUGCGUUUAGAGUGGUUUGGUUUGUACUUUUUUUUAUUAUUAUUUUUAUCUUUUGUUGAUGUCUUUAACUUACAGGUGACUCAUUAAAAGUGAAUAAUUUGUGCGUCUAAUUUCAUCACACAGUCGGGCGAUACACGGUAAUAUAUUUGUAUUUAUUUCUGUUCAUUUUGAUGCUUAUGCAUAACAUGAUUUAAAAAAAAACAAAACAAAUUCAAAUAAUAAAAAAAAUACACAAACCAAUGAAAAUAAACUGCAGAAAUGUUGGUUGGAUGAAAGUUCUGCGUUCAGGACUGUUUCCUCCACUGACCACUAGGGGUCCUCAUGCUGGAGGACCACAUUUGUUCCUUGGAAAACGUCACACUGUGUGUGUGUAUGUGUCUCAAAAAAACCCCAAAAACUUUAAAAUAUUUUAACUGAGCCAUACAUGUUAUACAUAUUGUUCCUCUGGAACUUAAAUACUACAACACGUACAAUGUUAUAAACUUUGAUUUAUCUUUUUUCAUAAUACUGGUUGGGAAUGAUGUGACUUCACAUUUUUUCAUCUCCUUUUUCUAGCUUUUAUAUUGAAUAAAUAAAAAAAUCACACCAUUUAUUUUGUGAAUGCAUGUUUUUCCUCCUCCACAUUGUAUAUAUAUAUAUAUAUAUAUUUUAAAAAAGCCAACCUUUAAACAGUCGGUAACUACGUGUUACGUGCUACCAAGCCAACACACAUAUGAGCACAUAUUUAAAAGUCGUAAUAAAUCACACCACAACAAAUUUUAAGCGAAAAUCAAAGAUCAAAUUUUUAUUCCUACUAUUUACAGAACAUUAUUUAAGGUUCACACUGUAAAUAAAUAAUAAUAAAUAAAAAAAAACAGUGACUGCAUAAAUAAAGUUGCCAUAACUUUAAACAAUGUACUGCAUAUCAGGCAUUUAUGGUUUAAGUGCACAGGUAGAUGAAUUUCAUUUCAAAAUGUUUAACCUCUUACUGCAGGUAGCUCGUGCAGAAAACUCAAUACUUAUGGUGGUGAGUUGUUCGAAAGUCUCCAGUGGAAUUUCUGCUAGAAAGCUGAUGACUUAUUUCCCAACAAGAAUCUCUCUAGAACCUCGGUGCAGGUCAGCAUUUCUUUUUUUUUCAAAUCAAAAGACGGUCUAACUGCAUUUCUACUCCAUGUGCAACAAAAACCAAGACAUCUCUUCAAUCGCGUUAAUCUGAUCAAACAUCAUUCACUCAUUUAAUGUGCUUUUUCAACAAAAAAAUAACCUGCAAUGACAACAUUUCAGUUAUAUACAAUGUGCAUAACAAGAGGUCAAGACAUUCAAUGAGAAAUGUGCCUCAUUCUGUUGGUCUAACCUGAUUAUAUAUGCAAGAAAUCCUUGAUUAUAUUCAAUAGAAGCAUUUGUAAACACUGUUUUUAAAAAAAAAGUGCUGAAAGAAGCUUAUAAAUAUUAGUAAUUUCCAACGAUUAUUGUUCACUCUAAUGCAGUUUCAUGUGUGCUUAGGGGACAAAAAAAAAUCAUCUUUAACAUAACUGGUUGUAUUGCAGAUGGCAUGUUAAGUUAGAGUCUAUUUUCAAUCCACAGUGAAACAAAUGGAGAAAGAAAAGACAGAAAGUGCAUUGUGUGUGCAUGUGGAGGUUUUAUGUAAUGUUCAUCUGAUUUCUAUUAAAAAAAAAUUUUUGCAUAUAAUACAAGGACACGAUUUUUUGUAUACAGUGAGGUUGUUGAAAGCUGCUUAAGAUGCACCAAUCGGGCUUUUACUGUUCAAUACCGAUUCUUUUUUUUUAUUAUUAUUUAAGACCAGACUUACUGAUUCACAUUAGGGAUUAAACACAUGAGCAAAUCUAGUCCUGGUUCUUUGAUAGAGGUAGUUCUUUAUAGACUGAAGAUGGCAGAAGUUCCUAAUAUUUUCAGGUAUGCACUGAAUGAAAGAAAAAAAAAAUCUGAUUUUAUUUUUAGUAGUUGAUCAAAAUCAGCCAAUGUAAAUUUGUUGGUUUUGAUUUUCUUGCUGCUCCAUUAAAAUUGACGAAACGCAUUUCAGUGGGCUUUUUUUUUUUUUUUUUGGAAAGCCUAAACAACUUAUUUACAGAUUUCUGUUGACAAACCCUGACAACAUAGAUGAAUAAUUAAAUUAGAGUUUUGCUGUCGUUUUAAUUUUAGUAAAGGAAAUCUGCCAUUUUCAGUAAAGCAUCUUUUUCGUUCUAAUGUUUCUGCAGUGCCCUCUAGAGGGCUUUUCUUGCACGAACAUGACAAAGGGGACGGAGGUAUACAAAUGUCAGUAGACGUAACAGUUCUUAAGCUUACCAAGAACCUUUUUGUGGGGAAAAAAAUACUGCAGUGUUUUCGACAAAAUGCUAGAUAGCCUUUGAAUCAACUGGAUUGAGAUAAUAUAUUAUAUAGUAAGUAUAUACAUACACAUUUUUCAUGGCAAAAAUCUAUAUUUUUCCAGCCCAAAUGUCCUUCCUUUUUAGCCCAGUUCGCUGAAUAUAUGAAAAAUAUUUAAACAGGGGUCAGGCAAAUCCUAAAAACCUAACCUGCAAAAAAAAAAAAAAAAAAAA